GGGCUGCUGCGGCUGCGCUACGCGCUCGUGCACCGCCGGAGCCUGCGCGGCCGCCUCACCGACGUGACGCUGCGGAUCGAGUCGCAGAUCGACCUGCCGAGCCCGCCGCCGUUCGUGCUGGUGCACCACCCCGACCGGUUGCCGCUGCACUCCCGCGACGGGCGCCCGCUGCCGGUCGUGCUCGACGGCGACGGCGCCCCGCCGAACGCGCGCUUCGUCCCGCCGGUGCUCGGUGCCGGCGCGCCCCAUCUCGCGUGGUCGGCGGAGGUCCGCGACCUGGCCGGCUUCGUGCGGCUCUUCGUCGACAUCUCCGACGAGCGGCGGGAGAGCGUCGCCCUGCUCGACCCGCCCCUGGCCGACCUGCGCCUGGUGCCGACCGUGCCGCCCUGGGGGCGGCGGCGAUGACCCGAGAGCACCGCCCCGAGCGCUUCGCCCAGCUGACCUACACCUCGUCCGACGGCGGCGACCGGCCGGGCGGCUGGGGCGUGCAGGACGUCGCCGGGACCCUCGACGCCCCCGAGCGCGCGGCGCUGACCCGCCGGAUCGUGCCCCGGUUCGUCCCGGUGCCGGGCCUGCCCGCCUACCCCGCCCCGGAGCAGCUGGCCGCGCGCCCGGCGCGGGUGGUGCACGCCCCGGCCGGCCCGGGCACCGCGUACUGGCACACGGUGGCCUGCGGGACCGACGCGCACGGGCGACCCGGCAACGUCUUCGUCCACGUCCUGCUCGACCGCGGGCCUCCCGCCACCGAGGCGACCGGAUCGCCCGUGCGGCCCGCCGAUCUCGCGGCGAGCGGGUCCUGGCUGCGCCCGUUCGGGCACGCCGAGGUCGCCACGACGGCGUUGCGCACCGUGCCGGCGCCGCCCUGGACCGCGGAGCCGGGCCGCGCCGCCGUGCUGGACUUCCUGUUCGCCGAGGGCGGCGCGGGGAUCGCCACCCUCUGCCUGCUCCUCGACGCCCUCGACGCCGCCCUGCGCGGGGGCCGCCCGGUGGUGCUCGGGCCGGCCGCGAUGGACCGCGCCCCGCUGUGGAUCGCCGCCGCCGACCACCUCAUGUCCCUCGGGGCGGCCCGGCGGUGCGGCUGGUCGACCUACGAGCGGGUGCCCCACGCCGGCGAGUGGCCCGCCGACCUGCACCUCGUCGCGGUCCCCGCCGCCGACCUGGCGGCCAUGUCCGCCGGGUCCGCGCCGAGCGCCACCGUGCUCGACGAGGACGAGGAGGUCCCCCGCGCCGACCUCGGCGACGCGCCGCGGACCACCCGGCACGGCGAGCAGGUCGCGGUCACCCCGUGGUCGGUGAUGGCGUUCGUGGUGCUCGCCGAGCGCGCGGGGGCGGAGGCGCUGCUGUCGCGGAUGGACGCCGCCGGCGCCGCCGUGCCCGAGGCGACCCAUCCCGCCUGGGCGAUGGCGAUGGCGAUCGCGCAGGCCCCGGACCUCGCGCCGGACGCCGUGCCCGCCGCGUGCGCGGUCCUCUCCUCGACGACGCCGCCGUCGGUCGCGGUCCGCCACCCCGCGCUCUACGACGACGUGCUGGCGCUCGUCUCCCG